CAGAAAUUUUUCAAGGAAGUCAAACAGUUAGAGCAAAUUCUAGAAAUGUGGUAGAGAUUAGGGAAAAAAUGUGAAUCACUUUCUUCUAAAUAAGACCACCAGUGGAUAAACUGUACUUCUAGAUCCCUUGCUUCAAUUUUUCCAAAAGGCAAAAUGAGUAAGAGAGAGAUCAGUGUGUGUCAACAAACGUGGGCCUUAAUACACAAGAACUUUCUUAAAAAAUGGAGGAUGAAAAGAGAGUCCUUAUUGGAAUGGUUAAGCUCAUUGUUUCUACUACUCUAUUUGUACCUGUAUCCUCAUGGCCAUAGUGUUCAUGAUUUUUCUUCACUACCUACCAUUGACCUGGGACGGGUAGAUUCAUUCGGUGAACCCAGGUUUUCUAUCGCAUACACACCUGUCACCAAUACAACCAAACAGAUAAUGGAGAAAGUAGCCUCUGCUUCCUUCCUAGAAGGUAGAGAAGUCUUGGCUAUGCCGGAUGAGGAAAGUAUUCAAGAAUUAAAAAGACAUUAUCCUGAUUAUGUAGUAACAGCCAUCUUUACUAAUAUGUACUCAUAUCAUUUGAAGUUCUCCGUGAGCCACAAAAUCCCAACAAAGAAGGAACACAGCGACCAUACAGCUCAUUGUUAUGGAAUGAAUGAAGAUGUUGAAUGUGAAGUUUCAUCAUUCUGGGAGAAAGGUUUUGUGGCUCUUCAAGCUGCCAUUAAUGCUGCCAUUAUAGAAGUCACAACAAAUCAUUCAGUGAUGGAGGAACUGCUGUCAGUUACUGGAAAAUGUAUGAAGCUGCAGUCCUUUAUUGAACAAACAGGAGUUUUAACAGAUAUGCUCAUUGUCUUCUGCAUUAUUUCCUUUUCCCCAUUCACUUACUAUGCAGCCGUUAACAUCACAAGAGAGAGAAAAAGGAUGAAGGGUUUGAUGGUGAUGAUGGGUCUUCGAGAUUCAGCAUUCUGGGUUUCCUGGGGUUUGCUGUAUGCUGGUUUCAUCUUCAUUAUGGCCAUUUUCUUGGCACUGGUUAUAAAAUCAACUCAGUUUAUCAUUCUGACAGGCUUCAUGGUGGUCUUCACCCUCUUUCUCCUCUAUGGAUUGUCUUUGAUAGCUUUGACUUUCUUAAUGAGCAUCUUGGUAAAGAAAUCUUUCCUCACUGGCCUGAUCGUGUUCCUUCUCACUGUCUUUUGGGGAAAUCUGGGAUUCACAUCAUUGUACAGAUACCUUCCUGCAUCCUUGGAGUGGAUUUUAAGUUUGCUUAGCCCUUUUGCUUUCAUGCUUGGAAUGAUCCAGCUUUUACGUUCGGACUAUGAUUUGAAUUCUAAUGUACUUCCUGACCCAUCAGAUGGCUCAUAUCUCAUUAUACCAAUAUAUUUCAUGCUGGCAUUUGAUACUUGCCUCUAUCUGGCAUUGGCGAUUUACUUUGAAAAAAUUUUACCAAAUGAAUAUGGACGUCGAAAUUCGCCUUUGUUUUUCCUGAAGUCCUCAUUUUGGUCACAACAACAAAAGCCUGAUCACGUGGCCCUGGAAGAUGAAAUAGAUUCUGAUCUUUCAUCCAAUGACUCUUUCGAACCAGUGUCUCCAGAAUUCAAUGGGAAAGAAGCCAUCAGAAUCAGAAAUGUUACAAAAGAAUAUAAAGGCAAGCCAGAUAAAGUAGAAGCCUUGAAAGAUCUGGUGCUUGACAUAUAUGAAGGCCAGAUCACUGCAAUACUUGGUCACAGUGGAGCUGGAAAGUCGACAUUGCUAAACAUUCUUAAUGGUUUGUCUGUUCCCACCAAAGGUUCAGUUGCCAUCUACAAUAAUAAACUUUCAGAAAUGGCUAACCUAGAAAAUAUCAGAAUGCUCACUGGAGUUUGUCCACAAGCCAAUGUGCAAUUUGACUUCCUCACUGUAAAAGAAAACCUCAGGCUCUUUGCUAAAAUAAAGGGGAUUCUGCCACAAGAAGUGCAUAAAGAGAUACAAAGAGUUUUGCUGGAAUUGGAAAUGAAAAAUAUUCAGGAUGUCCUUGCUCAAAACUUAAGCGGCGGACAGAAGAGAAAACUAACCUUUGGGAUUGCCAUUUUAGGAGAUCCCAAGAUUUUCCUGUUGGAUGAGCCGACAGCUGGGCUGGACCCCUUUUCAAGACACCGAGUGUGGAACCUCCUGAAGGAACGCAAAGCAGACCGAGUUGUGCUCUUCAGCACCCAGUUCAUGGACGAGGCUGACAUCCUGGCUGAUAGGAAAGUGUUUCUCUCCAAAGGGAAACUGAAGUGUGCAGGCUCUUCUCUGUUCCUAAAGAAGAAAUGGGGGAUUGGCUAUCACUUAAGUUUGCAGUUAAAUGAAAUAUGUGUUCAGGAAAACAUCACAUCACUUGUUAAACAGCACAUCCCUGAUGCCCAAUUAUCAACAGCAAGCGAAGGAAAAGUUGUGUAUACAUUACCCUUAGAAAGAACAAAUAAAUUUCCAGAACUUUACAAGGAUCUUGAUAGCUGCCCUGGCCUGGGAAUUGAAAAUUAUGGUGUUUCCAUGACAACUUUGAAUGAGGUUUUCCUGAAACUAGAAGGAAAAUCAGCAAUUGAUGAAUCAGAUAUUGCUAUUUUGGGAGAAGCACAAGUGGAAAGAACUGGAGACACAGAAAGACUUGUUGAGAUGGAACAAGUUAUCUCUUCACUUAGGGAGAUAAGAGAGACAAUAGGUGGUGUGGCUCUCUGGCGACAGCAAAUCUGUGCAAUUGCAAGGGUCCGCUUAUUAAAGUUAAAGCAUGAAAGAAAAGCUCUUCUAUCACUGCUGUUGAUGCUCGUGGUUGGAUUGUGCCCUCUUCUUGUGGGGAAUAUAAUGGCACAAAUAUAUCAAAACAGUUACACUUGGAGACUUUCUCCUCACUUGUACUUCCUUGCUCCUGGACAACAACCACGUGACCCUCUCACUCAAUUAUUGAUCAUCAAUAAAACAGGGGCAAGCAUCGAUGACUUUAUACAUUCUGUGGAGCUUCAGAACAUAGCUGUGGAAGUGGAUGCAUUUGGAAUUAGAAAUGGCACAGAUGAGCCAGUUUACAACGGCGCCGUCACGGUGUCUGGGAACGAAAAGAAUUACAACUUUUCCUUUGCAUGCAAUACCAAAAGAUUGAAUUGCUUCCCAGUUCUUAUGGACAUUGUUAGUAAUGGGUUACUUGGAAUGGUUAAACCCUCAGCACAUAUUCAAACUGACAGAAGCACAACUGGGCACACACAGAGCUACUCACUUGAAUUCUUUGUGUAUACCAUAUUCUGGUUGGUUGUGGCAUCGAGUUGCCCACCUUAUAUUGCCAUGAGCAGCAUUGAUGAUUAUAAGAACAAAGCUCGGUCUCAGCUGCGGAUUUCGGGGCUCUUCCCUUCUGCUUACUGGCUUGGGCAGGCUCUGGUGGAUGUUCCCCUCUACCUUUUGAUAUUGCUUUUUAUGUAUUGCGUGGACUACAUUUUAAAUUCCCAUGACAAUAUGGCGUUUAUAUUUCCAACUAUAUCUCGUGCUAUUCAAAUCCCAUGUGUUGUUGGGUAUUCCUUAUCCCUUAUCUUCAUGACAUAUGUGAUUUCGUUCCUUUUCCACAAGGGGAGAAAAAAUAGUGGCAUUUGGUCAUUUUGCUUCUAUGUUGUCACCAUAGUCUCUGUGGCUGGGCUUAUAGCUGAGAGCGUUGAAAGUGGUAUCCAAAUUUACACCUUUUUAGUACCACCUGCCACAUUGAUUGGCUGUUUCUUCUCAUAUUUUUACUUUUUCGCUGUUUCUCUUUUUACUGGAGAAUCAUGGGGUGUAACGCCAUUUCUGAUAUUCCUAAUUCCUUUCCUUCAUUUUAUCAUUUUUCUUUUUAUUCUUCGAUGUCUGGAAUGGAAGUUUGGAAAGAAAUCGAUGAGAAAGGAUCCUUUCUUUAGGAUUUCUCCAAGAAGCAGUGAUGUGUGUCAAAACCCAGAAGAGCCACAAGGGGAAGAUGAAGAUGUUCAGACGGAAAGAGUGAGAACAGCAAAUGCCUUGAGCUCCACCAAUUACGACGAGAAGCCGGUCAUUAUUGCCAGCUGUCUGCGCAAGGAGUAUGCAGGGAAGAGGAAAUGCUGUUUUUCCAAGAGGAAGAAUAAAAUAGCCACAAGAAACGUCUCUUUCUGUGUUAGACAAGGUGAGGUUUUAGGAUUAUUAGGACACAAUGGAGCUGGUAAAAGUACAUCCAUUAAGGUGAUAACUGGAGACACAAAGCCAACUGCUGGACAGGUGCUGUUGAAAGGGAGUGGCAGAGGGGACGCCCUGGGGUUCCUGGGGUACUGUCCCCAGGAGAAUGCGCUGUGGCCCAGCCUGACGGUGAGGGAGCACCUGCAGGUGUACGCCGCCAUGAAAGGGCUGAGGAAAGGGGACGCGGAGGUCACUAUUACACGGUUAGUCGGCAUGCUCAAGCUGCAGGACCAACUGAAGACUCCCACGAAGACCUUAUCGGAGGGGAUGAAGAGAAAGCUGUGCUUCGCGCUGAGCAUCCUGGGGAACCCGUCGGUGGUGCUUCUGGACGAGCCGUCGACCGGGAUGGACCCCGAGGGGCAGCAGCAAAUGUGGCAGGCAAUCCGGGCCACCUUUAGAAACACGGAGAGGGGCGCCCUCCUGACCACCCACUACAUGGCAGAGGCUGAGGCUGUGUGUGACCGAGUGGCCAUCAUGGUGUCUGGAAGGCUGAGAUGCAUCGGUUCCAUCCAACAGCUGAAAAGCAAAUUCGGCAAAGAUUAUCUGCUGGAGAUGAAGGUAAAGACCCCCGCACAAGUGGAGCCCCUCCACGCAGAGGUUCUGAGGCUUUUCCCACAAGCUGCUCGGCAGGAAAGGUUCUCUUCUCUGAUGGUGUAUAAGUUGCCGGUGGAAGAUGUGCGGCCGUUAGCCCAAGCUUUCUUCAAAUUAGAGAACGUUAAACAGAGCUUCGAUCUGGAAGAGUACAGCCUCUCGCAGUCUACCCUGGAGCAGGUUUUCUUGGAACUCUCCAAAGAGCAGGAGCUGGAAGAUUUUGGUGAGGAAAUUGAUCCCUCAGUAAAGUGGAAGCUCCUCCCACAGGAAGAGCCUUAAAACCCCAAAUUCUGUGUUCCUGGUUAAGCCUGUGGUUUUUUUUUUUUAAGACAUUUGUUUUUACGGCAUCAAUGUUACAUUUUUAGAAACUACAUUAUAAGCACUGAAAUGGUUCUUCCUGUGGGAGGAGGUGGGCUGGGGGGGGGGCAGCGAGUGGCAUUUGACUAAGCCAACCUCCUGGCACAGCCUCCGAAUCUCUGCAGCCACCUGGUUCCCGUUUUCUGUACAACGCUGAAUCAAUAAAUUCACUUUUAUAGCAUUGCUUAAGUUUCUGAGUAUGGUAAACAAAUUUUGUUUCAGUUUUUUUUAAAAAAAUCAAAACCUUAAAACACUUUUUUUCUAACCUAGACUGAGAAAUUUAUGUAUUUACUUUUCUGGGAGUUCGACACUUUGAAAAGUUGAUAUUUUAGUAAGAAUUCUAAAGUAUCAAACUUUUUGAAAUAGAUUUUAGUGCAUUUCUCAUGGCUAAAAAUACUAAAUAUCAUUGGUCAUACUAUCUGAUAUCAAUAAAUCUGGUAACCUAUCCACUGGCAACACCAUGAUAUAGACAUCAUCUGGAAAACCAAAAACUUACUAUUAGAAAUUGAUUGCACUUUUUAAAAUUUCUAUAAUCCAACUGUGUGCUAUUUUGAUUGUAGUUUUAAAUCUAGGCUCUGGAGGUGCCUGUAUUAUAACUGAUCUUUCAUGGAUAUUUGUCACUUGGUUUCAGAAGUUUGAUAAAUGUAGUAACAGGUCAAAUGACCGAGUAGGUGAAAAAUGUAAAAUAAAUCUCGUGUGUGUGAUUUUGAAA